UGUUACGCUGAUUUAUGUUAAAGACUGGACUUUGUUUCCAACCCCCAAAGUAUUAGAGAAAAGAAGUUUGUGUGUCAGUCCAGAACAGGGGCAGCUAGCUAAGAUGACAUCUUUGCACUUCAAAGAUGCUUUCUGGGGGGGGGAUUUCACCAGUCAUCUUGGGUACGAGACUCUGGCACAGAAAAUGAGAGAUGGCCGACGUGUGUGCAGGGACUUGGAGGAUCUUCUGAAGAUGAGGGCUCAAGCGGAGGAGAGGUAUGGGAAGGAGCUGGUGACGAUAGCUGGGAAGGCCGGAGGUCAGACUGAGAUCAGUUCUUUGAGAGCAUCGUUCGACCAGCUCAAAGCUCAAAUCGAGAACAUUGGGCAUUUACACAUCCAGCUGUCUGUAAUGCUGAAGGAGGAAGUGAAGAGGAUGGAACAGUUCCGAGAGCGACAGAAAGAACAGAGGAAGAAGUUUGAAGGAGUCAUUGAAAAAGUUCAAAAGUUGAAAGUGUCAUUAUACAAGAAGACAAUGGAGUCUAAACGGUCCUAUGAGCAGAGAUGCAAAGAGGCUGAUGAGGCAGAGCAGGCCGUGGAGAGGCUGAACACCAUGGCCAACGUCACACCCAAGCAGUCUGAGAAGGUGCAGAAUAAGGCCAGGCAGUGCAGAGAAGUGGUCAACGAGGCUGAGAAGCAAUACAUGGCCAACAUCGACCAGCUGGACAAGAUUCGCCAGGACUGGGAGAGCACACAUGAGAGCACGUGUGAGGUCUUUCAGCAGCAGGAGGAAGACCGCAUCAGUGUUCUGAGGAACACCAUGUGGGUGCACUGCAACCACUUCUCCUUGCAGUGUGUCCGAGACGACGAGUUAUAUGAGGAGGUGAGACAUAGUCUCGAACAAUGUGACAUCACUAAUGAUAUGAACUACUUUAUUGAUCUUAAGAAGACCGGAUCAAAUCGACCAGCUCCCAUUGUCUUUGAGAGUUACUAUGAGAGGGAUCACCCUCCAGACAGCAACGGCAGUGUACGGUUCGGAGUAGGAGGUGCCAUGAUUAAAAGGUUUUCUAAUCUACUGCAUGGGAGCUGUACCACUAGCUCGAAGAUGACCACCAAUGAUUGUUCGCAGCCUGCCACAGCACCUUGUGCCCCGGAGGAAAAGUCAGAUGGAGUAUAUGCAUCCAUACCUGGCUGUCAGCAGGAGGCACCGAAACAUGAGGUGACAAAGGAGGAUGAAUACAUAGCACUCUAUGACUAUGUGGCUCAGACUCAAGAUGAGCUGUCCAUCGCAACGGGGGAUGUUGUCAAGGUGACGCAGCAGUGUGAGGAUGGCUGGUGGAGGGUGGAGAGGAACGGGCAGGCGGGACUGGUGCCAGGAUCAUACCUCAGCAAAGCAUGACCAUAAAUACAGAUAAACACACACACACACAAGUACAUACACGUGGAACCUCAUCAAUCCAAAAUUCCUACCCUGGUCGUGUGUCAAUCACCUGAAAUUCCUGCAAGUGCAUGUGUGUGCCAAUUGGCGGGUCCCCUCUGACCUGUCUUCUUCAUAUUCUUACUCUGUAAUCCACUCACACACAGUUACAUAGUCUGUCUUAACAGUUGUGUUGCCACUGACAACAGAACAGUUCCACACCCCAC